ACUAAACAGUGUUAUGUAUUCAAAGGAUGAUCUCAAUCCGGUUUUAGGAAAAAACGUGCGAUUUUAUUUAACACCAUGUUUAGGCUGUUAGCAGUCUUCCUCCGAACAGUUCUAGUCCUAGGCAUACUUUAGGCGGCUGUUUUGUUUAAAACUAAAGUUGUAAAUUAUACCUAAAUGUGUAGGUAUAAACAAUAAAUACUUACUUACAUAAUUUAUUUAUAAUUGAAGUAAGAUUAUAUUUAAAUAAACGCAAUAUUCUAGUGUUACUCUACUUAUAAACAUUUAUAAUCCAAUCCUCUUAAUUAUAAACAUUUAGUCCAAUUACAUAAGUAUGAUAGGUCCAAUACUGUUGUGUGGUCUGUGCGUGUGUUUUUAUCUACUUCUGUUGGUGCGGAGAUGGAGGUACGAGCGACUUACCUCCAAAAUACCUACCAUACCUGGAGAUCUGCCGUUCAUCAGACAUGCUCACUUGUUGAUUGGUGAUAGUGAAAAUCUACAGAAAUUCAUUGAAGAUAACAGCAACAAAGCUAACAAAUUAGGAGGAAUCAUAAAAGUUUGGAUUGGACGGAGACAACAUUUCUUGGUAACGGAUCCGGAUGUGGCCCUGACGCUGAUGAACGCGUGUUUAAACAAGGCAUACUUCUAUGAAUUCGCAUCAUCCUGGAUCGGGCAAGGGAUCUUCACUGCAAAAGCGGACACCUGGAAAGCGCACCGCAAGCUGCUGAACCCGACGUUCAGCCAGCACGUCCUAGUCGGGUACCUGCAGGUCUUCAACUCCAGGGCUCGGGGGCUGGUCAGUAGCCUCGCUGCGGAAGUAGGGAGGGGGGAGUUUGAUUCGUUCCCAUACCUUGCUGGGUACACUUUGGAGACUAUUUGCAACACAGUAAUGGGCCUCCCCGAAGACACGAGAAGCUCAAUCAUCGACCAGCAGUUCGUGUCAGCGGCUGACACGAUGCUGAACCUGCUGAUCCACCGCGUGCAGAGGGUCUGGUACCACUGGGAGUGGGUGUACGGCUGGUCAGCGAUGAAGCGGGAGGAGGAUCGGGCGGCGAAGGUGUUGAAGACUGCUUCCUAUGAUGUACUUCAGAAACGGAAAGCUUCAAAGUUUAAUUCGCCGAAGGAUGAAAUUAAAAAUGUUGGCAGCAGACAGCAGUCGUUCCUGGACCUCCUGCUAGACUACAACUCAUCAGGACUGCUCUCAGACCAGCAGGUGCUUGAAGAGGUGAACACCAUGAUUGUGGCGGGCUAUGACACCGUGGCCACGGCCCUGCACUUCUGUCUGAUCCUGCUGGGCAGCUACCCUGCGGUUCAGGAGCAGGUUUAUGAGGAACUACAGCGAGUGUUCGGCGACUCUGACCGUGACGUCAGCAAGUGUGACCUGGGCUCGCUGGUACACCUGGAGGCGGUGGUGAAGGAGGCGGGCCGCCUGCUGCCCGCCGGCGCCGCGCUGGCCAGGGAUGUGCACCACGAUGUGGUAUUUGGGUUAGGGUCAAAAUUCGCACCCUGUGGGGGCCGCUCAGACCGUGACGUCAGCAAGUGUGACCUAGGCUCGCUGGUACACCUGGAGGCGGUGGUGAAGGAGGCGGGCCGGCUGCUGCCCGCCGGCGCCGCGCUGGCCAGGGAUGUACACCAGGAUGUGGCGUUUGACAACUACACAAUCCCGGCCGGCAGCAGCUUCGUGCUGUCCCUGUGGGGGCUGAACCGGCACCCGUGCUGGGGCGCGGACGCUCAUGAGUUCAGACCCUCGCGCUGGCUGGAGCCAGACGGGGUGCCCAAACACCCCGCCGCGUACGCCAACUUCGGCGUGGGACGACGAAGCUGUAUUGGUAAAACCUACGCAAUAAUGGCGAUGAAGACAACACUGGCUCACCUGCUGAGACGGUACCGGGUGACGUCAGACCACACCCGGCUGAGACUCAAGUGCGACCUUCUGACCAAGCACGUGGCAGGGCAUCACAUCUCCUUGGAACUCAGAUAAAAAUGUGCCAGUUAUUAUGAAAAUAACGAUUUUGUGUUUUGUUGUCUUGACUCGACUUUGGUCUUUUAUCUUUUUCACUAAAUAUGCCAUGGUCCUCACCUAUUGAUCAGUCUGGUCCACCCCUAAUACAUUGGGACUAUCAUUAUCAUAACACUGAAAAAAAAGUGCAUGCAGAUGGCAGCUAAUCUUCUUCAUCUUCAUCAUCAUCAUCAGCCCGUAGUAGUAAACUGCUGGACAUAG